AUGGCUACGCAAAGAUUCUGUUUGAGGUGGAACAACCAUCAGUCGAACAUGCUGUCCGUAUUCGAUCAGUUAUUGCACGCAGAAACAUUCACAGACGUGACCUUGGCCGUAGAUGGCCAGUUGCUUAAAGCCCACAAAAUGGUUUUAUCGGCAUGCAGUCCAUACUUCCAGGCUCUUUUUGUGAACCAUCAGGAGAAGCAUCCAAUUGUCAUAUUGAAGGAUGUCCCGUACUCGGAUAUGAAGAGUCUGCUGGAUUUCAUGUACCGGGGCGAGGUGAGCGUCGACCAGGAGCGCUUAACGGCAUUCCUGAAGGUGGCCGAGAGCCUAAGGAUAAAGGGCCUGACGGAGGUCAACGAGGAGAAGUGCGACAUACCGGCCCUCACCAACUCGCUGAUACAACAGCAGACGGGCGGCAGCGCCCAGACGCCGCCGCCGCAGCUGCACAGGAUCCACCCGUACGUGCACCAGAAGCGGCCGGCGUCCGGCAUGCCCAGCGGCGGCGCGCCCCCCAACCUGCUGAUGCCGCUGCUGGGCAACGCGCUGAUGCAGCCGAAGAGGAAGCGCGGCCGGCCGCGGAAGCUGAGCGGUAGCUCGAGCGACGCACUGAACACGGCCGCCAGCCCGCCAGGCGAGCUAGCGCCGGAAUCCGCGUCGCACGCCCCCCCCAACAGGGCGGACCAGCUGGUCAGGGGCUCGCCGGAGAUGCUCGAAGUGAAGAUGUCCAUGGACGGCUACGGCGCCGACGACGGCGCCACCUCCGGCGGCGAGGAGGCGGGCGAGGCCCUCAUGAUCGACGAGGGCGACGACGCCCACUCCAACGAGGCACCCACAUCGGGCAAAGACUCGGAGUCCGCAGAUACGGAAAAAACUACAAAAGAGGAAAACCACAAUCACUAUCCAACAAACGGGCCGGUACUCAAAAUUGAAAACGGAUCUAUUAAGCAGGAGCCUACCAACGAAACGACAGACGAAUACAGUGACCCGAUCGAAUACAAAUACAAUCCGGAGAGAAGCCGCGAGAAUUCCAAUUCGCAGGAGGGCCCCAUCAAAGACAUAGAAGACAAAGCCAGACUGGGUCGCAAUCUGAAGCCAAAGAAUAGUAAAAAACUGCUACCCCAAAUGUCCAAAUUCAGAGCUCGAAACCUAUUCAGCCAGCUGUCCGGCCUGUCCAAUCUCAGCCCGGCGCUUAACAGCUUCGACAAGUUCCCCCCCGAGACGGUGCUGAUGCCCGCGCUGGCUACUCAGCUGUUCGCCGCCGAACUGGAACAGGGCAACCUGAUCCCCGGUGGAGAGAUAUCCGACCUCUCGCAGACCAACUGGGAGCACCGCAUCUUCCCGUCGCCGAUCAGGAAAAACAACGUCGGCGGCGUCAGCUACCACGAGGAGACGAACGAGUCCGUUCGAGAUUACUGCAUAAAGGAGGGCGAGAACGUCUUCCGCUGCAAGAUAUGCGCCAGGGUCUACACGCAUAUUAGCAACUUCUGCCGACACUACGUGACUUCCCACAAGAAGGACGUCAAAGUGUUCCCUUGUCCCAUCUGCUUCAAAGAGUUCACGCGGAAGGACAACAUGAUCGCCCAUCUGAAGAUAAUACACAAAAAUCAGCCUAACGCGAACGAGCAGAUGUCGAAGCAGGAGUCU